AUGAGAUUCACGGACGCACUGAAAUCUUGCUGGGUAACCACAUUGUUUGGUGCGGUACUGUUGUUGGCCGGCUCCAGCGUCCUGAUUUGGAACGAGGGACGCACCAUACGCAUUCUUCUAUCACUGGACGAAGCGCUAAACGAUGCAUUCACCGUAAGCGCCGACAGUCCGUAUGAAAAACAGUACGAGGGACGGCUGGUUCACCUCAAUGGAGCGCUGUCGACGGGUGAGCCACUAACUGAACCAGAUUACAAUAUCCAGGUGCAGGCGGUGAAGCUGAAAAGACGCGUACAGAUGUACCAGUGGGUCGAAGAAUCGGUCGAGAACCGCUUCGGAGAAUCUGUUGCAACGGUAGAAACGGAAGAUCGAUCCUACUUUUACAAUAGAGAAUGGCGUGACAAUUUGAUCGAUUCACGCAGCUUCUAUAUACGCACCGGUCACCAUAAUCCUACCUCUUUCCCCAUCGAUUCUACCGUGCAUCUUUCGGAACAUGUGCAUAUUGGACCGUACGAGCUGGGCACCGCAGCGAAAGAACGUUUCAAAACUUUCCAAGAGGUUACGUCAGAUACACGCCCGGAAGAUCCAUCGGUUAGGAUGCAUGCCGGACUUUACUAUCACUGUAACGACAUUUGGAAUCCGGAAAUCGGUGACAUACGCAUACAGUUCGCGUACGCAGGUCUCGAAGGUUCGUACGUAACCGUGGUGGGAAAACUAGAAAAUGGCAAGAUAGUACCGUACGAAUCGACACACUAUCGCAAAGUGCUGCUGGUCGAACCGGGUGAACAUAAUCUGCAUGAAAUCUUUCGCAUGGAACACCAACAACAACGAACGACCACGUGGAGCAUACGGUUCAUUGGAUGGGUGUUACUGUUCUUUGCAACUAUUUGCUGUGCCACGAUAAUGCAACAUCUCGCCAGGGAGCAUCGUUUGUUGCGAAUGUUUUUCCCGGACUGUAAUUUUACACUUUCCACCAACAUAAUGCUGUCGUUUUCGGUCGCACUGGUGAUUGUUUCGAUUGCGUGGAUUGUUCAUCGGCCUUGGCUGGGUGGUGGGUUGCUGUUUGCAGCAAUGUCUCCAUUUUUGUACUGUGCCCGUGGGAUAAUGGGCAGCUAUCAGCGGAUGGACUGA